AUGGAAUUAUCAUUAGUUCAGCAAUUCUUAGAGGCAAAUGGAUUCUCAAAAGCUUUGAACAGUUUAAAGGAAGAAGCUAAAAAACAAAAUAUUAAAUUUGAAAACACCGAUAAAGAUGUUACCUUGAAUCAACUUGUCAAGUUUUGGCAAGAAAAGUUGGAGGAUGAAGAUGAAGAAAAGAAAGAAGAUGAAAAUCAAAAGAAACAAAAGGUAGAUGAAAAAGAUAGUGACAGCAGUGAUAGCUCAGAUUCAGAUGAUGAAAGCAGCAGUAGCAGCGAUGACGACAGUAGCAGCGACGAGGCUGACUCUGAGUCAGAGGAAGAUAAGAAGGAAGAGUCAGAUGACGAUAGCAGCAGCAGCGAAAGUGAAGACGAGAAGAAAAAGACAUCCGAUGUAGAUUCAGAUGAGCCAGCAACUGCCACCGCAACUGCCAAAGACGACAGCACCACCACAACAGAGAAAUCCGAACAAAAGUCAUAUUCAUCCGAUUCAUCCGAUUCAUCAUCUUCAGAUUCAUCUGACUCUUCUGAUUCAUCAUCAUCAGAGUCAGAAGAUGAAAAGAAGAAGAGUGAUUCCUCAUCAUCAGAGUCCGAGGAUGAAAAGAAGAAGAGUGAUUCAUCAUCAUCAUCAGAGUCUGAAGAUGAAAAGAAGAAAAAGGAUAGUGAUUCCUCAUCAUCAGAGUCUGAGGACGAAAAGAAGAAGAGUGAUUCAUCAUCUGACUCCUCAUCAUCUGAUUCGUCAUCAUCAUCAGAUUCCUCUUCAUCAGAGUCAUCAGAGUCUGAAGAUGAGAAGAAGAAGAAGAAGAAGGAUUCAGAGUCUGAAUCAGAGGAGGAAAUGAAAGUUGAAAAAGUUCCAGAAAAGAAAGUCGAGAAAGUUGAGCAAAAAGAAGAAGAAGAUAAGAUGGAAGUUGAAGAAUACAACAACUCAUAUAGAAAUAAUAAUAAUAAUAAAUCAAAUGGAUAUGGAAAUAGCAACAACAACAACAACAAUAAUAAUAAUAAAUUAAAACAACAACCAAACACACCAUUUAGAAGAGUAAGAGAAGAAGAUGUAGUCUUUGACAAGCAUAUGAAGGCAGCCCAGAAUAUCUUUACUGAUGAAUGGGGAAAGAAGAUUAACAAUCACAUGGAUAAAUACCGUGGUAAAGGUUUCCGUACUGAGAAGACAAAGAAGAAGAGAGGUUAUUCCAAUUGUACAAUCAGUCACGAGAUUAGCAGCUACAAGUAUCCAAGUGACGAUGAAUAA